AUGGCUAUGUCAAGUGAUGAAGCCUAUUAUGAAAACGGGAAACAAUUGAAGGGUAGAAAAGGAAAGAGUAAAAUAUGCAGUUUGAGUAGGCAUGCCAGAAAUAAAUUCCAUGAGAGAUUGGAUUUCAAAUUCUAUGACUUCCAGGCUCUUGAGAUAGAGAAGGGGUGGAACAAUCUUUUUCUUUCUAUUAUUUCUACGGAAACAGGGGAAACAAUAGCCAAAUCUGGCAAAGCAUUAGUACAAAAUGGACAGUGUUAUUGGGAAGACUCAAUGUUAAGUACCAUAUGGAUUUCUGAUGAUUCUCUAGAAGAUAAUGAAGGCCUCCUCCUUAAGCUUAUUGUUGCCAUGGGAUCUGCAAGGUUUGGGACCCUUGGAGAGGCUACCAUUAAUUUAGCAAGUUACAUUAGACCAGAAAUUUCUACCACAUCAUUGCCUUUGCAACAACAUUGUUCCCAUGGGGCGAUCUUACAGCACAGGAAGAAUGCAACUUCAUAUGUGGAGGAAAUGAAUGUUGGCUAUGAUGACGUAGACAAUAUAUCUGAUGUAUCUGACAAUACAUUCAGCAGGACUAGUGGAUCUUCGCAUUGUGAGCAAUUAGAAAACACAUAUUAUAAAGGAGAACUUAGCAGCAAGAGAAUAAGUCCAUUGGCAACAUGUUCAGAUCAUGGCGUUGACUCUUUGGAGAGUUCCUUUUCCUUUUGGAUUGAAAAGUUUCCCCAACAAAGCAAUGUCAGUGGAUUGAAGAACACGAAUGAUAGACAAGAUUCAGCUUAUUCUAGAAAUUGUCCCAAUUCACUCCAUGAUACCUCCAGAUCAAUACAUUCAUCCUCAGUAACGUCAAGUUUUGGGACGCAGCUUCAAGAUAAAAUGGAUGACUUUGGGAAGGCUUCACAUGCCAGUGAUACAACAUUGACAAGGAGUGUUAGUUCAUCUAAAGAUCUCCUGGGUGUAGCACAAGCAACAAUCGAGUUACUUCAUGGUGAAGCGAAGAUGUGGGAAGAAAGUGCUCGAAAGCUGAUGAUUGAUGUGGAGAGACUGAGAAAUGAUUUAAACAAGAAGUCAAAGAAUAAAAAAGAACUUGAGAUGGAGUUAUCAGCAUCAUACAAAGAGAGUGAUGUGUUGAAGGAUGAAAUUCAACGGCUAACCACCAUGGUUAAAAAAAAUGACAGCAGAUAUCUUAAGUUCCAGAUAGAAGAGAUGGAUAAUACAAUAAAGGAGUUGAAAGAUGAGAUCAAGUAUCAGAAAAGACUUAAUUGUGACUUGGAGUUGAAGCUAAAGAAAACACAGGAGUCAAACAUUGAUCUUGUUUCCAUUCUCCAGAAAUUAGAAAAGACAAUAAGAAAGCAGAAAAUGGAAAUUGCUGAUCUAUCAAUGAGGAGCUUGCAGUUUCAAGAUGCUGAAAAUAAUAGUCGUGGGCUUGAAGAGACUGAGGAAGAGGACUUUAGUUUGAGCGUGGAAGUUUUAGGAGAGAAGAUGAAAAAGGAGUUAUGCAAUUCAGAUGUUGAUCUUGGUACCAAUGAAAAUGCAAUAAGAUGCCUGCAUGAAGGGAUUGAACUACAGGAAUUCCGGAACUUGGAGCUUGAGCUCCAAUUUAUGCAGGAGAAACAAAAAAAUAUGGAGAGUGCUAUCCAGUUUCUGGAAAAAACUCUGGCCGAGAAAGAUCAAGAGAUGCAAACUGAAAGACUCUGUAUGGCUCAAACUAUGGAAGAAAAUGAGGAAAAAUGGAGGAAUAAGCUGUUUAAGAAAGGGAAACAAAUCAUCAACUUUGAAAAGAGGCUAUCUGAUGGUGUUUAUGCUUUCAGCAAUGAAAUCUUAGCUUUAACAGAAAGGGUGCAAGAUCUUGAAGCUGAACUUUGUGAGAACCAUGGAGAGUCUAGAAAGGAUCUAAUAUUUUCUGGUUCCUUUUCUUCUAACUUUCCUCUGUUUGCCUCUGAUACUGCUGUCAACAUCACUGAGGUGUUUCUUGAGUUAUAUAAGCAAAUUCAGCUUUCAGUAGAGAACCUGAGGGGUCAAGAUUCACUUCUGGGUCAAGUGACAUUCACCAAAAAUAAGAGUUGUUUCAGUAUAUCAGAGCUUUCCAAAGAUAUAGGUAAAAUAGAUUUAAAGGAAUUGACUGAGGCAAUCCUGUAUUCUAUUGUUCUUCUAAGGAAGUUGCUCGAAACAAAGACUAAUUGCUUUGAGUAUGAGAUUAAUUCCUGCAAUGAGUUGGUCAGGAGAAAUGUCAGAGAUGAUAAUACAUUUCAAAAUGAAGUUAGAGAUUUCAGUCUAGAGGAAAAUAUAUUCUGCAUUUCUAGUCAGGAAUUGAGAAGUAUGCAUGCAAAGUUGGUAUCUGAAUUUACACCACCGACUAAUUAUCAGGUUCAAUCUGCAGAGGCCAACAAGCUGAAAUCUUACAAAAAGCUAGGGAAGGAAAAAGCCUGUCCAAAGUAUUCCAAGCUAGAACAGAAAACUGAAGUUGCCUCUCUGCCAUCUAAAAUUUCCUCAAAUUGCUCAACUGAUUUUCCACAUGAUUCGGACUUUCAUGAUUGGACAAAGGAUUCCCAGACUCUAGUCUACAAUGAUCAUGUAAGUAAUUUAUCUGUGUUAGAAAGUUCAGAUGAUGGGCACAAUGCUUUGUUUGGCAUAGAAACAGAAAAUGUGCAGUUAUAUGAAAGGAUAUCUGACUUGGAAGCUGAAAUGAGACAUCUGAUUGAAGAAAAGGAGUCAACCCAUUUGGCACUGGAGAAUUCUGAAAAUGUGGUCAUAAAUCUCCAGGCCGAGAUCGGGAGACUGGAAACUUCAAAUGAGGCACAAAAAGUUGAGUUGAAAAGGAAGGAGGAGAGCAUGGAGAAAAAAUGGAUGGAAACUCAAGAGGAGUGCAGCAUUCUGAAAUUAGCCAACUUAGAAAUACAGGCUACAAAUGAAAAUUUGAUUAAAGAAUCUAAAACUCUCCAGGCAACAAAUGAUGAGUUAAGAAUGCAAAACUUGGAGUUGCAUAGCCAAUGUACAGUAUUGGAAUCUAAAUUGGGGGAAUCACAACUUGCUUUUUCUGAUAUGUUGAAACUAGUUGAAGACUUGGAAUACAAAUUUACUUUAAUCCUGGAUGAAAUUGCUUUGAAAGAAAAAAUCAUAAAUGUAGACCUAGAUUCACUGCUUCAGGAAAUCAAAAAGCAAGAUGAAAGGUUUAUUAUGGAAGAGAAAUUUUUAACACAGAUGUAUUCGGAAAAAACAGCUGAAGUAGGUAACUUGCAGAGAAAGGUGGAACACCUAAGAGACCAGAUGUCUGGCAUCUGUGAUAGACACGCAAGGAUGGCUUCUAAUAUUAUUCUUGAGGUCUAUGAUUUAUAUGCUGAUAAAGCUAUGCUUGAAGCUUCCCUCCAAGAAGAAUGGGAGAAAGUAAAACUAUAUGAAACCAAGCUUAAUAAUCUUCGAGCAGAAAAUGAAGCCAUGGUGCAAAAUUUUACUCUAGAGCUAGCUUCUACCAGGGAAAACCAUGAAACUCUGAUGAAUAAUCAUGAACAAGUAGUUGUUUCGUUGGAAAAUGUCAAGUCAAAUGAAGAGAAGCUGAAGGGCAUGGUUAGAGGACUCAAGGUGCAGCUGAAAGCCUCUGAACUUGAGAGGCUACAAGCAAAAGAAGAAAUUUCUGAAAUAGAAGUACAACUUCAGAAAACAGAAAUGCUUCAAAAUGAAAUCUUCAUCCUUAAGAGAUCACUCUAUGAAGCAGAAUUUGAAUACAGAAAAUUGGAAGCUUCGUAUCAGACUGUAUCCUUAGAGUGCGAUGAGCUGAAGGCUAAGCAAAUAUCUUACAUUCAAAGAAUCCAAAUGACUGCAAAAGUUACAUCAGAGUUGGAGGACUGCAAGCUUACUAAAAUUGAGCUUGAGGAAAAAAUUUUACGGCUGCAGUGGGAUCUAACCACAAAAGAAGCUUCUUGUAGCAAUAAUGCUCAGUUAAAGUAUGAACUUGCCCAAAUGACAAAAGAAAAUAGUGAGCUUUAUAGGAAGAAAGAUUCCCUUCAACAAGAGAACGAAGAUUACAAGAACAGAGUUAAAGCUCUUGAAGAAAACCCGAAACUAAAGAAAGGUGUAAAACAAGACCAAUAUCAUGCCAAAGAUUGUACCAGUUCUACUCCCUUCCUGCAUGAUUUGAAGUUCCUACAGGAAACGGAUCGAUGUGCUGUUUGGGAAUACUUACAUAACUACAAUCUUUAA